AUGCCUGCGAGUGCCGAAUCUUUGAAGAGAAAGCGCAGAUGUUUCAAAGCCAAAUUAACCAAAUUGAAUAAUUGGCUGAAGGGUGAGGAUGUCAAAACUGCACUCUUGGAAACACUCGACAUGAAACUUGUAGACCUCAUCGCCAAAUACUCUGAGUGGGAAAGUGACCAGACACAUCUCUUAUUGUUAGAUGCAGCCCACGAAGAAGAACAUUUCAACGAAGGUGAAAAUAUCAUGGAAAGCUAUUUCAAAACUGCUGAUGAAUUGAAAAACAUAAUCAAUCAGAGAUCAGCUCAGUCUACAUCAUCAGCUCGUCCAAAUAAUUCCCAUGAUUCCGAGGAUCGACUUCACUCAACUACUGCUAAACUGCCCGAACUCACAUUGUCUAAAUUCGAUGGUAGUUUUGAGAAGUUCCGGAGUUUCUGCGAUGAAUUCAAAGCUGCCAUUCACGAUAACAGGAAGAUCCAGAAGGUAACUAAAUUUCAAUAUUUCAAAUCCUGCCUCACUGGCGAAGCCCACGAUCCCAUCAAGGAUUUGGACAUCACGGAAGAGAACUACGACAUUGCCUGGAAUCUCGUCGAACAAAACUACAACAACCCUCGUUUAAUUCUUCGACGCCAUUGUACAAUCCUAUUAGAUAUGUACAAAAACAAAGACUCUUCUCGCACGCUCCUCUCAAUCGUCAAUGCUGUCCGUUCACAAUUACGGCCAUUGGACUCUCUGGCAAACAAAGAAGAACAGUACAAUGCAUUCCUCAUCACAAUCAUCUUACGUGUCCCGAGUGAUGAAGUAAUAUAUGAAUGGGAAAGAGAUUUAGUUGACAACAAAAUGCCAAAUGUCAACGAACUUCUCGACUUCUUACAACGUCGUGGGUUAUGUGUGAAGUCUACUGAAUCUGCAAGAACUGUAAGAGCCAAAGAAGUUGUCGAAAAAUCCAAUUCAAAGGGUAAUUCGAAGAAAAAGAAAUCUCAAUCAUCCGCUACCUCUGCAACGAAUUCUGCAGCUGUCCAGAAGAGUACGCCAGUUACGCAAGUAUUUCACGCCAACGUCCAGAGAAAGUGUCCUGUUUGCCAGAGUGAUCACAAUAUUUAUCAAUGUCCUAAGUUCCAAGAGAUGGAGCAACAGCAAAGAUAUAAAUUUGCUCUUAAUGAUAAUCGCUGUCUCAACUGCUUAGGAAAAGGACAUGGUUACAACACUUGUGCAUCAGGCAAAUGCUCAAUCUGCGGGAAAAAACAUCACACGAUGCUACAUCGACAUAGCGGAGGAGGCACUUCAACAUCAGCUGAUCCAGAGGUACUCCAAACAGCCUCCAAUCCUCAAGGCAUAUCCAAUUGA